AUGACACAGGGAAAGCUCUCUGUGGCUAACAAGGCCCCCGGGACAGAGGGGCAGCAGCAGGCCAAUGGUGAGAAGAAGGAGGCUCCAGCGGUGCCUUCGGCCCCACCCUCCUAUGAGGAGGCCACCUCUGGGGAGGGGCUGAAGGCAGGAGUUUUCCCGCCAGCCCCCUCGGCUGUGCCUCUCCACCCCAGCUGGGCCUACGUGGACCCUAGCAGCAGCUCUAGCUAUGAGAGUGGUUUCCCCACCGGAGACCAUGAGCUCUUCACCACCUUCAGUUGGGACGACCAGAACGUCCGCAGAGUCUUCAUCAGAAAGGUCUAUACCAUUCUGCUGAUCCAGCUGCUGGUGACCUUGGGUGUCGUGGCUCUCUUUACCUUCUGUGACCCCGUUAAGGACUAUGUCCAGGCCAACCCAGGCUGGUACUGGGCAUCCUACGCUGUCUUCUUUGCGACCUACCUGACCCUGGCCUGCUGUUCUGGACCCAGGAGGCAUUUCCCCUGGAACCUGAUCCUCCUGACCAUCUUUACCCUGUCCAUGGCCUACCUCACUGGGAUGUUGUCCAGCUACUACAACACCACAUCUGUGCUGCUGUGCCUGGGCAUCACGGCCCUCGUCUGCCUCUCGGUCACCGUCUUUAGCUUCCAGACCAAGUUUGACUUCACGUCCUGCCAGGGCGUGCUCUUCGUGCUCCUCAUGACUCUCUUCUUCAGUGGACUCAUCCUGGCCAUCCUCCUGCCCUUCCAAUAUGUGCCCUGGCUCCAUGCAGUGUAUGCCGUGCUGGGGGCAGGCGUGUUUACGUUGUUCCUGGCAUUUGACACCCAGUUGCUGAUGGGUAGCCGACGCCACUCGCUGAGCCCUGAGGAGUAUAUUUUUGGAGCCCUCAACAUUUACCUAGACAUCAUCUAUAUCUUCACCUUCUUCCUGCAGCUUUUUGGCACCAACCGGGAAUGA